AUUUAGAGACAGAGAAGUGGACACAAAAUGUAUUAGUAAACAAGUCAAAAGUCUCGAUUUAGUGGUGAAAGCGAUAUCUACUUUGCCUUCAAGAUCGCAUCGAGGUCGUCAAAAUAUUUGUCCUCUUUAUAUAUGUGGACAAGGAAUAUUUCGGAUACGUUUACACUUACAGAGACAGUUAGAGAGAAAGAGGAAAAGAGAGAUAAUGAGCUUGGUUUUCGCCAUUAAUGGGCAAAGGUUCGAGCUUGAGCUCUCCUCUGUUGAUCCUUCAACAACUUUGUUGGAGUUUCUUCGUUAUCAGACUACUUGCAAGAGCGUUAAGCUCAGCUGCGGUGAAGGAGGAUGUGGUGCUUGUGUUGUUCUUCUCUCCAAGUUCGAUCCUGUUUUACAAAAAGUCGAAGAUUUCACUGUCAGCUCUUGCCUCACUCUCCUCUGCAGCGUCAACCACUGCAGUAUCACGACAUCAGAAGGACUUGGCAACAGCAGGGAUGGUUUUCAUCCGAUUCACAAGCGGUUAUCCGGAUUCCAUGCCUCUCAAUGUGGUUUCUGUACACCUGGGAUGUGUGUUUCUCUCUUCUCUGCACUCUUAGACGCUGACAAGUCUCAAUCUUCCGAGCUUACGGUUGUGGAAGCAGAGAAGGCUGUCUCGGGAAACCUAUGUCGGUGUACUGGUUACCGUCCGAUUGUUGAUGCUUGUAAGAGCUUUGCUUCGGAUGUUGACAUUGAGGAUCUUGGACUCAACUCUUUCUGUAGGAAAGGGGAUAAAGAUUCUAGUAGUUUAACUCGGUUUGAUAGUGAGAAGCAUAUUUGUACAUUUCCGGAGUUUCUCAAGGAUGAGAUUAAGUCUGUGGAUUCUGGAAUGUAUCGAUGGUGCAGCCCAGGGAGUGUUGAGGAACUCUCGAGCUUAUUGGAAGCUUGCAAGGCUAAUAGUGAUAGAGUUUCUAUGAAAUUGGUUGCUGGUAACACAAGUAUGGGAUACUAUAAGGAUGAAAAGGAGCAGAAUUACGAAAAAUACAUAGAUAUAACUCGAAUCCCGCAACUCAAAGAGAUAAAAGAAAACCAGAAUGGGGUUGAGAUCGGAUCAGUGGUAACAAUCUCUAAAGUUAUUGCUGCUUUAAAGGAGAUUAGGGUGUCACCGGGAGUAGAGAAGAUGUUUGGGAAACUUGCUACUCAUAUGGAAAAGAUUGCGGCAAGAUUUAUCAGGAACUUUGGGAGCAUUGGGGGGAACCUCGUAAUGGCUCAGAGGAAACAGUUUCCUUCUGACAUGGCUACAAUACUUCUUGCAGCUGGUACAUUUGUUAACAUAAUGAGCUUGCCAAGAGGACUCGAAAAGCUAACACUUGAAGAGUUCCUUGAACGUUCUCCUCUUGAGGCUCAUGAUCUGGUUCUGAGUAUUGAGAUUCCUUUUUGGCAAUCUGAAGCAAGCUCUGAAUUGCUCUUUGAUACCUAUCGAGCUGCACCGCGUCCAAAUGGAAGCGCUCUGGCUUACCUGAAUGCUGCUUUCUUGGCUGAAGUGAAGGAUACAAUGGUAGUUAACUGUAGACUGGCUUUCGGGGCUUACGGGACCAAACAUGCCAUUAGGUGUAAGGAAAUUGAAGAGUUCCUGUCUGGUAAAGUAAUCACUGACAAAGUUCUGUAUGAGGCUAUUACCUUACUUGGAAAUGUCGUCGUGCCUGAAGACGGUACAAGCAAUCUGGCUUACAGGUCAAGCUUGGCGCCGGGCUUCCUUUUCAAGUUCCUUAAAACCAUAAUGACUCAUCCUAUUACAGAUAAACCUUCAAAUGGUUACCACUUGGAUCCACCAAAACCAUUGCCAAUGUUGUCUUCUUCACAACAUGUUCCUAUAAAUAAUGAAUAUAAUCCAGUUGGUGAGCCUGUUACUAAAGCUGGAGCUUCCCUACAGGCUUCUGGGGAGGCUGUUUAUGUGGAUGAUAUUCCAUCACCCACAAACUGCCUCUAUGGAGCAUUUAUCUAUAGCAAAAAGCCAUUCGCACGGAUAAAAGGUAUUCAUUUCAAGGAAAAUUUGGUACCUACUGGAGUUGUUGCAGUCAUUUCUCGCAAGGAUGUUCCUAAAGGUGGAAAGAAUAUUGGUAUGAAGACUGGAUUAGGCUCCGACCAAUUAUUCGCAGAGGAUUUCACCAUUACUGUAGGUGAAUGCAUCGCCUUCGUGGUUGCUGAUACGCAGAGACAUGCAGAUGCUGCAGCAAAUCUUGCAGUAGUUGAAUAUGAAACAGAGGAUUUGGAAUCACCAAUAUUAUCUGUAGAAGACGCGGUCAAGAAAUCUAGUCUGUUUGACAUUAUCCCUUUCUUCUAUCCACAACAAGUUGGUGAUACAUCAAAAGGAAUGGCUGAAGCUGAUCAUCAAAUUCUCAGCUCGGAAAUACGACUCGGGUCGCAAUACUUCUUCUACAUGGAGACACAAACAGCUCUUGCAGUGCCAGAUGAAGACAACUGCAUUGUAAUCUAUAGUUCAACUCAGACCCCUCAGUACGUACACUCCUCGGUCGCUGCUUGCCUAGGAAUCCCUGAAAACAACGUCCGUGUCAUAACCAGACGUGUUGGUGGAGCUUUUGGAGGAAAAGCUGUCAAGUCAAUGCCAGUUGCAACAGCGUGUGCUCUUGCUGCUAAUACACUGCAGCGUCCUGUGAGGACUUAUGUAAACCGCAAGACUGAUAUGAUAAUGACUGGCGGGAGGCAUCCGAUGAAGAUAACCUACAGUGUGGGUUUCAAAUCCACAGGGAAGAUCACAGCUUUGGAGCUAGAAAUACUAAUUGAUGCUGGGGCAAGUCUUGGUUUUAGUACGUUUAUUCCAUCAAAUAUCAUUGGGGCGCUAAAGAAGUAUAAUUGGGGCGCCUUAUCUUUUGAUAUCAAACUUUGUAAAACAAAUCUUCUAAGCAGAGCAAUCAUGAGAUCCCCCGGAGAGGUGCAGGGUACGUAUAUCGCUGAAGCCAUCAUCGAAAAUGUAGCCUCUAGCCUCUCUUUGGAGGUUGAUACAAUAAGAAAGAUUAAUCUCCAUACAUAUGAGAGCUUAGCUCUAUUCUACAAGGAUAGUGCUGGUGAACCACAUGAGUAUACUUUAUCUUCGAUGUGGGAUAAGGUUGGCGUAUCUUCCAACUUUGAGGAGAGGGUUUCUGUUGUCAGAGAGUUCAACGAGUCUAACAUGUGGCGAAAACGAGGGAUAUCUCGAGUACCCAUUAUUUAUCAGGUUUCAUUGUUUUCAACUCCAGGGAGAGUAAGUGUUUUGAGCGAUGGCACGAUUGUUGUUGAGGUUGGUGGAAUCGAGCUAGGACAAGGGCUAUGGACAAAGGUGAAGCAGAUGACUAGUUAUGCUCUUGGUAUGCUACAAUGCGAUGGAACAGAAGAAUUAUUGGAGAAGAUAAGAGUUGUACAAUCAGAUUCAUUGAGCAUGGUCCAAGGAAAUUUCACAGGAGGUAGCACAACAUCCGAGGGAAGCUGUGCAGCUGUUCGUCUCUGCUGUGAAACCUUAGUCAAAAGAUUGAGACCUUUGAUGGAGAGAUCGGGUGGUCCAAUCACCUGGAAUAAGUUGAUAUCUCAGGCUUAUGCUCAAUCCGUGAACUUAUCAGCUAGUGACUUGUAUACUCCAAAAGACACUCCCAUGCGGUACCUGAACUAUGGUACUGCGGUCAGCGAGGUUGAAGUAGACCUUGUGACGGGACAAACCACGGUUCUACAGACAGAUAUCUUAUAUGACUGUGGAAAAAGCCUCAAUCCCGCUGUCGAUUUAGGACAGAUUGAAGGAUCUUUUGUGCAAGGACUUGGGUUUUUCAUGCUUGAAGAGUACAUAACAGAUCCAGAAGGACUCGUUGUGACAGACAGCACCUGGACAUACAAGAUCCCGACCGUUGACACCAUUCCUAGACAGUUCAACGUUGAAAUACUAAACAGUGGAUGCCAUGAAAAACGAGUACUGUCAUCUAAAGCCUCAGGAGAGCCUCCGUUACUACUGGCAGCUUCGGUGCACUGCGCCACCAGACAGGCUGUUAAAGAAGCGCGCAAACAGCUACACAUGUGGAAAGGUGAGGAUGGUUCCUCCGAUUCAACGUUUCAGUUGCCUGUUCCGGCUACAAUGCCGGUUGUGAAGGAGCUAUGCGGUGUAGAUAUCAUUGAAAGCUAUUUGGAGUGGAAAUUACGCUCCAACUCAAAAUUAUAAGUAACAACAAUUUAUUUAUAAUAAAACAAAAAGAAUUUCUUCUUUUUUGCUUUGUUUCCUUCUUUCAAAAUACUCUGUUUCUGGUCUCAAUUUGUUGUUUGAUGGUAUGAUAGUCAUUCAGGAUUUUGUCGAUUAAUAAAGAAAUCUGGUUUUGAGAAAAA